AUGUCAGACGGAAGCUCAGCCUGCUUCGCAGUUUCUCUCGAUGCAACGAUCAGAGGCAAGGGUGGAUCACCGUCCCCAUCGCCGAGCCCAUCACCGACCCCGACCCCGACCCCGACCCCGACCCCACCCCCUACCGUAACCGCGACUUCCACCACCAGCACCAGCUCAACCAACUCUAGCACAACCAGUUCCACCACAACCAGCUCCAGCACAAGCAGUACCAGCACAAGCAGUUCCAGCACAAGCAGUUCCAGCACAGCCAGCUCAAGCACAACCACCUCUAGCACAACCAGCUCCUCCACGUUGACGUCAUCAACGUCGACAUCAUCAACUUCAACUUCGUCAACCUCAACAUCAUCAACCUCGACGUCGUCAACCUCGACAUCGUCAACCUCGACAUCGUCAACCUCGACAUCGUCAACCUCGACAUUGUCAACCUCGACAUCAUCAACCUCGACAUCGUCAACGUCGACAUCGUCAACGUCGAGCUCCUCUAUAUCAAGCUCCAGCACGUCGAGCUCCUCCUCCUCGGCUUCCAACACAUCCACAACAACCUCGAGCACUUCAACUUCAACGACUUCGACGUGGACUUCCAGCACGUCCACGACCAGCAUCAGCACGUCGAGCACAAGCACCUCUUCGCUAAGCUCAACUACUUCAACAUCCAGCAUGACCGCGACGACCACAUCUCGCUCGACGACCACCUACACCGGAAACGACCCUGCCGUGUUAGCAACUGAGGCGUCCAAUCAAGCUGAGCAGAUGUCCAGUCUGCAGGAGACUGCCGUAGACAGUCUAGUCCUGGCGGCCAGUCGAGUCAACCUCUCGCAAGUGGAGGUGGUUGAUGGAGUUGCAGUAAUUCAGGAGGAGGAGCUUGAGAAUGCCCAAGGAAUGACGUUGUUGACGAAGGCUAUAGUGGUGCUCGAUGCAAGCAAAGGCUUGAGAACCAGCGUGGGGCGUACAUCCAGCUCCGUGUCCGUGCCAGCAGAGACUCUCCAGCAGCUUCAGAGCGAGGACAUGACGCCCCUGGCUGUCAGCUUCGGAGUGUUCCCCGAGAGCACAGACCAGUACCAGGCUUUCAAGGCAGGGAGUGCCGAGGAGCUCGUGGCCAGCGAGGUCAUAAGUAUUCUUAUCACAGGCCCUGAUGGCAAGAUCUUCCGAGGACCUCUGCCAGAGCCGAUAGAAAUUCAGCUCAGUACAAAGGCCGUUCAUCGCAGAAAUGCGUGUGUUUUUUGGGAUGAGGAGCUGAGUGCCUGGUCAACAGAAGGUGUGACCAUGGUUGGGGUCACAAAUGGCACGACGACGUGUCUCACAACGCACCUCUCCGUUUUCACGUUGAUACUUGCUGUGUUGACUUGCAGCCAGGCUGCCUUCAUCUUCUCGCAGGAUGCUUUGAUUGGACUUGUGUCAACACCUUGGGCCUGGCAAUCGCCCGCUCUUGUCAACUGGGGGCUUAUCUUAGUAGCUGGCUGCUUGCUGAGACUGGCGCACCGAGCUGAUCGGCAGCACCAGUCUCAGAUGCGGAGAUUAAACACAUGGGCGCGUGAAUGCCAUGCUUCCAAGGAUGUCAGUGCUGAUGUACUUGCGGUGCUGCAAGUGGUUCGUCAAUGCCGACGGAUUUGCCAUUCCGGUGCCCAGUCAGCCAGAACGUUCAUCUACUCAACCGUGCUCAGAAACAGGCUGGGUGUUGACAGGCGUUAUCUCGAGGGUCUGCUCCACGGCGUCGGAAAGACUGAAGUGCAUCGAAAGGCAGAAGCGGAGCUGGAAGACUUUCGUCAUUCGCCAUGGUAUCGCCAAUUCAGGAUACUCUGGUCCAGCUUUUGCAAGUGGACCAAUGUUAUGGCCCCAUCUUGGAAGCUGGCCAGCGUGGACCGCUGCCUCCUCAUGUUCGCCAAGCUCUACAGCACCUGGGCCCUUUCUGCCAUUUUCUUCGGAGGCACAUCAGUGGGUCGAGGCCAGGACCCAGACUGCGAAAAACCGGCAGAGUUCUGGGCACAGAUGGUGCAGUGCGCCGCUGUGGCCUGGAUAUCAGGGACAUUUAGUGCGUUGCCUGUUCUUUGCCUGGUGCUCGUCCAAAACGCAUGCGGAGCCAGGGUUGAGGCUGCACGGACUACCUUUCGAAGCUUCGUCUUGGCCUACAGUGUCUUCUGUCUUUUGACUGUUUGUCUUUUCCUGGCAGUGGUCAGCGCAACGGAUGCAGAGAAAUGGGUGACCAGCGCGGUGAUAAACCUCCUCACGUCGGCCCUGAUUGCGCCGACGUUUGUGGCAUGCGUGCUCAUGCUGUGCCUCUUGUGUCUGAAAGCGGAUGCAGACAUGAGUUGGACUCAAAAGAGCAUCCAGGAGGUGGCGAAGGCCAAUGUGCAUCUUGAAGCCGUUGACUUCAACAAAGAACAGCUGGCGAGCAAGGGCUUCGAGUCCGUGACCGAUCUGACGGUGGAAUUUCCCGGCCACGACCACCCCCCAAUGAACUGGCACCCAGGUCUCCGCAUCGAAGACGUGGAGGAGGGCCAGACGCUUCUAAUCACAGCUUUCGCAACCAAGCCCAAGAGCGUGCUCAAGAGCUCGAAGUCAGAGAUCCUGGGAACAGCCACCCUGAAGGUGGAAGCAGAAACGCUAGGGCCGCAAUUGAACUUCAAGAGCAAGGGCAAGCCGCUGGGCAUAUCAGCCGAUGUAGCUAUGUCAGUGGUCAAAGAGGAGGAGGAGGAGCCCGAAGUGAUCUGGCAUACGCUGCCACCAAAGGAAAGUGAUGUGUCACUGGACGAGCCUCCUCGAACCCCGCGGGAGGACAGCGAGGAGGGAGUUCUUCGGUCAGCGACCACACCAGAAGCGCCAGGCAUGCUAGGAGAUGAUGGGCAACGCUUUGAAUCGAGCAUGCCAGCCAUGGAAAGGGAGCUUCCGCCUGAAGGUCCAGUGCAGGUGCCAAUGACGGCAACGGCAAACCAUGGGGAUACAAAGCAAGCGAUGACAUCAACAGCUCCAUCGCCGCCAAUGUCCUCAAAAGAGUGCCGGGACGCAGCUCAACCUCCCAAGCUUGCAGCUUGCCCUUCGGCAAAUUCACCAAGGCGAGGCCAUGAGACUACUGGGACUGGCGCCCAGAGCUCGGGCAUGGAGAUGAUUGAACUCUGA